AAUAAAUUACUGACCUCAUACUAUGAUUUGGACUUUGGAGUUUGGAGUCUGAGUCAGGUAGUUGGCAGUUGCAGCCGUGCAAGUUGGUUGUUGUGUACAUGUGUUUUCUCACUUUUUGGGCUUUCAUCUGUGUGCGGCGGGUCCAUGACUUCAUACUUCCAUUUCUCAUUUAUGUACUCUUAAAAAAAACACGUUCACCUAACUCAUUCUGUCCUAACUUUCUAGCUACACUUUGACAUUUGACGAUAUAGAAUUAAUGGAGGUGGUGAAGAUGGAAGAAACAUCACCAGUUGUAGUUAUCACAGGAUGCUCAGAUGGUGGUAUAGGAAACGCGCUUGCACGAGCUUUUGCGGCGGAGAAAUGCAAGGUUGUUGCAACGAGCAGAUCUAUGGCAACCAUGUCAUCGUUAGAGCAUGACCCUCGAUUCAUGGUGAAGGAACUUGACGUGAAUUCAGAGGAAAGUGUGAAUGAUGUAAUAUCCAUUGUUUUGGACAAGUUUGGAAGGAUUGAUAUAGUUGUUAAUAAUGCGGGUGUUCAAUGUGUUGGCCCUCUUGCUGAGAUCCCUGUCUCUGCUUUGCAAUCCACUUUUGAUACCAAUCUUUUUGGUGCCAUUCGAUUAAUUCAAGCUGUGGUUCCGCACAUGGCAUUGAGAAAAAGCGGAAAGAUUGUAAAUGUUGGUAGUGUUACUGUUUUGUCACCUUUACCAUGGGGAGGUGCUUAUACAGCAUCAAAAGCUGCUCUACAUGCUCUAACAGACUCUCUAAGGUUAGAACUUGGGAUUUUUGGUAUUGAUGUUAUCAACGUCGUACCUGGUGCUAUCAAAUCAAAUAUAGGAAACGCCGCGAUUGCUACCUAUAGUCACAUGCCGGAGUGGAAGUUAUACAAGCAAUAUGAUGAGGCUAUACGCGCAAGGGCUACCUUCUCACAGGGUCCUAAAUCGACACCAGCAGAAGAAUUUGCAAAGAAAACAGUUGCUGCCAUACUGAAGAAAAACCCACCUGCUUGGUUCUCCUAUGGCCAUCAGUCCACUGUAAUGAGUAUCAUGUACUAUUUGCCAAUAUUUGUGCGGGAUUUCAUUAUGCGACUUGUACUCAAAUGUUGAUAAAGGAUUGUAUCAUAACGACUGAACUAACCUUUCAUAUAUGUUUUAUCUGAGGUUGGCCUCAUAUCAUAAUUCAUAUGGUUCAUCAUACUUCACUCA